GGAUUGCCCUGUUCCGUGAUCCCGGGUGUUUACUGACUGGCUCAGGCACAUUCGCCGCAAACGGUUUCCGGACUUCCACGGCGGCUCCUCGUCUUCGUCGGCAACGCAAACCAGUUUCUUUCAGUGUAAGCACAUAUUUGGCAGCCCUUCAAUUAGCAAAGUCUACCUUGGCAGACGGGGAUCCAGGUCAGCCGGACGCCAUCCAUCGCAGCAAUUGGCGCAACGCCUGGACGGAGCAUGGCCGCUUCGCACGAUCCUAAGCCGCUGUUCCACAUCGCGCCUCCGCAAGGUUGGAUUAACGAUCCGAAUGGACCUAUUUACUACAAAGGAUACUAUCACAUGUUCUAUCAGUACGUGGAGACGGGUUGUCAGUGGUCAUGGGGACUACUAUGGGGCCACGCCGUCUCCCGCGACCUCAUCACUUGGCAACAUCUGCCGCCCGCGCUUGCUCCCACGUUCGGGGGAUUCGACGGGGAUGGCUGCUUCAGCGGCUGCGCAACUGUAGACGAGAACGGCGUGCCGACCAUCCUUUACACCGGCGUGCGGCUGCGCUCCAGUGAAGUGUGCGGUCCGCUGCCGCCCCCCGAGUGCGACCUGGGCACCGCCUGCAUCGAGACGCAGUGCAUCGCCGUCGGAGACCCAUCCGACCCCAAGCUCACCUACUGGACCAAGGACGAGGUGCCCUUCCUGUCGCUGCCGCCCCCCGGCAUGCAGCUCACGGCGUGGCGGGACCCCUUCGUCAUCGACCGGCCGGGACAGGGCGGCCAGGACUGCUGGACGGUCAUGGUGGGUGCGGGCGUCAAGGAGCACGGCGGUACGGCACUGGUGUAUCAGUCCAAGUCACUGCGGGGAGGUUCCUGGUCCUACGUGGGUGAGCUCUGCCGCGGCAAGGGCGACACCGGCGUCAUCUGGGAGUGCCCCGUCAUGAUGCAGCUGCCGCCACUGCCGCCGCCGCCGCCCCGGCUGCCCGCACCGCCGCUCGCUGCCGCCGGCGCACGGGUGCAGUCGCCGCUGCCCCGGCCGCCACACGCCAUCGUCAUCCCCGACGCCAAGCUCCCUCUGGAGGCCGAGCCACAACACCUGCUGGUGGGCCCCAUGCACGAGGUAUCGGUAUCACCCCUGGACAGGAAGCAGCCCUCCGCCCGGAGGUUCGGGGAGGAGCCCCUCGCCAUCGUCAUCCCCUCUCCUGCGUCGCCGCGGCCGCCGCUGAGGGUGGUUGUGGGCGGCAGCGGAGGGGAGGGCACCGGCAUGCCGCCGGUGGCGCUGUCGCCGCGGCGGCCAGGGCAGCAGGUGCCGCCGCAUGCGCCUCCCAGUCCGCUGCGCUCCCCCGCCCGCUGGAACCUGCCGGCGCUGCAUGCGCUGCCGCACGCGCCGUCGCCGCCGGCUCCCAGGCCGCCCGCAACCCGCGUGCUCUCCAGCAUCGGCGCCGGACCCUUCUCGCCCGGAGCUCACACCAACGCCGCAGCGGCCGCUGCCGCCGCUGGCCUGCAACGCCGCACCCCGCCGCCGUCGCCCCGCAUUCCGCCGCCGCCCAGUCCUGCACUGACCCGUGGGUCAGUCGCUGGCGGGGGUGCUGCCACCUCUCCGCACAGCCCUAUCGGCGCUGUUGCUGCGCUGCUGACUGGCAGUCCCUCCGCCCAGGCGCCCGCCUCCAUCAACCUAGGCAAUCCCCCCGUCACGGCCGCUGCGUCUCCCCACCGCGCUACUUCUGCCCUCCCCGAGCCCGCGACCCCAGCUGCAGCCGGACCGGGGGAGCCGCUGAUGCCAGGAACCAGCAGCUGGGCGCCUGCAGCCCUCACCCUGUCGCCUCUCACGAUCGGGGGUGACAAGGUGGCGGCGACCGGGGCCGGGGGCGGGAGCAGCAGCUGGCAGCGCUACCAAACGCUGUUUUGUGUGUGUCCUGACGACUGCAACAGCAUGGCGGUGUACUACCUGGGGUCGUAUGACCCACGGGUCGCCAGCUUCGACCUGGAGUCCGCAGUGGGGCCCUUCCCGCUGGACCUGGGCGACAUCUUCUACGCGCCCAACUCGCUGUUGGAUCCGGAGGGUCGCGCCAUCCUGUGGGGCUGGCUGCAGGAGAAGCCGCGCCAGGUGGGCGCCUACGACUACGCGGGCUGCCUCUCCAUGCCGCGACUGCUGUACCUGCAGGUGAACGAGCACGCUGCGGCGGACGGCGGCGGUGCGCCCCCCGUGUACCUGGUGCAGAGGCCGCCCCCCGACAUCGCCAAGCUGAG